AUGUCGCGGGGCUCCAUCGAGAUUCCCCUCCGGGACACUGACGAGGUCAUUGAACUUGACUUCGAUCAGUUACCGGAGGGGGAUGAAGUUAUCAGUAUUUUGAAGCAGGAACACACACAACUGCACAUAUGGAUUGCUUUGGCGUUGGAAUACUACAAACAAGGAAAAACAGAAGAGUUUGUGAAGUUGUUGGAAGCAGCACGAAUAGAUGGCAAUUUGGACUAUAGAGACCAUGAAAAAGACCAGAUGACUUGCUUGGAUACAUUGGCGGCCUACUAUGUACAACAGGCUCGGAAAGAAAAGAAUAAGGACAACAAGAAAGAUCUUAUUACACAGGCAACCCUGUUAUAUACAAUGGCUGAUAAAAUUAUUAUGUAUGAUCAGAACCAUUUAUUGGGAAGAGCUUGCUUCUGCCUACUUGAAGGUGACAAAAUGGAUCAGGCUGAUGCACAGUUUCAUUUUGUACUCAACCAGUCUCCAAAUAAUAUCCCAGCCCUCCUUGGUAAAGCUUGCAUUUCAUUCAACAAGAAGGAUUACAGGGGAGCUCUUGCUUACUAUAAGAAAGCAUUGCGUACUAACCCAGGAUGUCCAGCGGAAGUUCGUUUAGGAAUGGGCCAUUGCUUUGUGAAACUUAACAAACUGGAGAAAGCUCGUCUCGCAUUCAGCAGAGCGCUGGAACUUAAUUCCAAAUGUGUGGGGGCAUUGGUCGGACUGGCCGUUCUAGAGCUCAACAAUAAAGAGGCUGAUUCCAUCAAAAAUGGUGUCCAGCUUCUUUCCAGAGCUUAUACCAUUGAUCCUAGCAACCCUAUGGUAUUAAACCACUUGGCAAAUCACUUUUUCUUCAAAAAGGAUUACAGUAAAGUCCAGCACUUGGCCCUCCAUGCAUUCCAUAAUACAGAAGUGGAGGCUAUGCAAGCAGAAAGUUGCUACCAGCUGGCUAGAUCAUUCCAUGUCCAGGAAGAUUAUGACCAAGCUUUCCAGUACUACUAUCAAGCCACACAGUUUGCCUCAUCCUCUUUUGUGCUGCCAUUUUUUGGUUUGGGACAAAUGUAUAUUUAUCGAGGUGACAAAGAAAAUGCAUCUCAGUGCUUUGAGAAAGUUUUGAAAGCUUAUCCUAAUAAUUAUGAAACUAUGAAAAUUCUUGGCUCUCUGUAUGCUGCCUCAGAAGAUCAAGAAAAACGAGACAUUGCCAAGGGCCAUUUGAAGAAGGUCACAGAGCAGUACCCUGAUGAUGUUGAAGCUUGGAUUGAAUUGGCACAAAUAUUAGAACAGACUGAUAUCCAGGGUGCCCUCUCAGCCUAUGGAACAGCAACACGGAUCCUUCAGGAAAAAGUACAGGCCGAUGUCCCCCCAGAGAUUCUAAAUAAUGUGGGAGCCCUCCAUUUUAGACUUGGAAAUCUAGGGGAGGCAAAGAAAUAUUUUUUGGCAUCACUGGAUCGUGCAAAGGCUGAAGCUGAACAUGAUGAACAUUAUUAUAAUGCCAUUUCUGUCACAACGUCCUACAAUUUAGCCAGGCUGUAUGAGGCGAUGUGUGAAUUCCAUGAAGCAGAAAAACUGUAUAAGAAUAUCCUACGGGAACAUCCUAACUAUGUUGAUUGCUAUCUGCGCCUAGGAGCCAUGGCUCGAGAUAAAGGAAACUUUUAUGAGGCUUCAGAUUGGUUUAAGGAAGCGCUUCAGAUUAACCAGGACCAUCCAGAUGCUUGGUCUUUGAUUGGUAAUCUUCAUUUGGCGAAACAAGAAUGGGGUCCAGGCCAGAAGAAAUUUGAGAGGAUAUUAAAACAACCAGCUACACAGAGUGACACGUACUCUAUGCUGGCCCUUGGCAAUGUCUGGCUCCAAACUUUGCAUCAGCCCACCCGAGAUAGAGAAAAAGAAAAGCGCCAUCAAGAUCGUGCUCUGGCCAUCUACAAGCAAGUACUCAGAAAUGAUGCAAAGAAUCUAUAUGCUGCUAAUGGAAUAGGAGCUGUUUUGGCCCACAAAGGAUAUUUCCGUGAAGCUCGUGACGUAUUUGCCCAAGUAAGAGAAGCAACAGCAGAUAUCAGUGAUGUGUGGCUAAACCUAGCACACAUCUAUGUGGAACAGAAACAAUAUAUCAGUGCUGUCCAGAUGUAUGAAAACUGCCUCAGAAAGUUCUAUAAGCACCAGAACACUGAAGUUGUGCUCUAUUUGGCCCGGGCCCUCUUCAAAUGUGGCAAGUUACAGGAAUGCAAACAGACUUUGCUGAAGGCUAGACAUGUGGCACCCAGUGAUACAGUUCUAAUGUUUAAUGUGGCCUUGGUCCUACAAAGGUUAGCUACCUCUGUCCUGAAAGAUGAGAAGAGUAAUCUAAAGGAAGUACUUAAUGCUGUGAAAGAACUGGAGCUUGCACAUAGAUAUUUCAGUUACUUGAGUAAAGUGGGAGAUAAAAUGAGAUUCGAUCUGGCCCUUGCUGCCACAGAAGCCAGGCAGUGCUCUGACUUAUUGAGCCAGGCCCAAUACCAUGUGGCCCGGGCACGCAAGCAGGACGAAGAAGAGAGGGAGUUGCGGGCCAAACAAGAGCAAGAAAAAGAGCUAUUAAGGCAGAAACUUCUUAAAGAACAGGAAGAGAAACGUCUGAGAGAGAAGGAAGAGCAAAAGAAACUGUUAGAACAGCGUGCCCAGUAUGUUGAGAAGACCAAAAACAUUCUUAUGUUUACCGGAGAGACUGAAGCAGCAAAAGAAAAGAAAAGAGGCAGUGGUGGCGGGCGGCGUUCUAAGAAGGGAGAGUUCGAUGAAUUUGUCAAUGAUGACACCGAUGAGGACCUGCCAGUAUCCAAAAAGAAGAAGAGAAGAAAGGGCAGUGGGAGUGAGCAAGAAGGCGAAGAAGAGGAGGGUGGAGAGAGAAAGAAGAAAAAGAGGAGAAGACCAACAAAGGGAGAAGAAGGAUCUGAUGAUGAAGACACAGAAAAUGGCCCCAAACUGAAAAAGCGCCGUCCACCAAGAGCAGAAAAGAAGAAGGCGCCCAAGCCAGAACGUCUGCCUCCUUCAAUGAAGGGGAAAAUUAAAUCCAAAGCCAUAAUAUCAUCCAGUGAUGAUUCUUCAGAUGAGGAUAAACUGAAGAUUGCUGACGAAGGACAUCCCCGCAACAGCAACAGCGACUCAGACGAGGGUGAGCCGCGGAAGGACCGAGCCUCCUCCGAGAGCGAUUCGGAUGACAACCAGAACCGGUCUGGCAGUGAGGCAGGCAGUCCCCGCGGGCCCCGAAGACAGCGGUCCGAUGAGGACUCAGACAGCGACCAGCCGCCCAGGAAGAGGAGGCCCUCGGGGUCCGAACAGUCAGACAAUGAGUCUCUGCAGUCUGGGAGGAGCCCCUCGGCCGGAUCGGAGGGGGACUCUCGUCCGGCUUCCCCGAGUGCCGAGUCAGAGCGAGAUUCGGAGAGAGGAUCUGAUAACGAGGGUUCUGGCCGAGGUUCCGGAAACGAGUCAGAACCAGAGGGAUCCAACAACGAGGCCUCGGAUCGGGGCUCAGAACAUGGGUCAGAUGAUAGCGACUAG